UGUAUGCGGAACUACCCGGACGACUUUGAGAGACGGACACAUAUAGCAGCAUCACUUCUAUCACUCUUUGCUGAAUCCACUGAAAUAUGACAUUAAAUAACGGCUUCAUAACAUGUCGCCUUUUUUAAAGCACUGUUGCGGAGAAGACAUGGCGUCGAUUCGUAGAUAAUGUCUGAAGCGGCUUUUGAGGAAGUUUCCGUGUUAUCGUCCAUUUACUGCGGAGAAGGAGAGUUCUUGCUCGUCCAGCAGUCUGCUCAGGAUGGGCUCAUGGUCCAGAUCAACAGCACCGUUGGAGGAGAAAGAGGGCCGGACGUGAGGCUGUUGUUCCAGCUGCACCCCCGCUACCCUUCCUGUCCCCCCGUCAUCUCUGUCUCCUCCACUGGUCUUUCAAGGAGUCAGUGUCACGACAUUAGACAGAAGCUGCUGGAUCAAGCUGCAGCUUUACCUCCAGAACCGAUGGUCCAUCAGCUAGUGGAGUGGCUGCAGCAAUGUGUGGAGGUGACGGAGAACUGCAGAGGCAACAAGGAGGAGGACGAGGCGAAGGAGGAGGGGAGAAAGAGAGACAAAGAGGAGGAGUGGACGGCGGUGCUGUCGUUGGACCACAUCCGAUCUCAGAAUCGCUACACCAGUCAGCUGCAGCGCUGGACCCAGCAGCUGCAGCUCGGUGGGAGGUUACUACUGGGCCGGAGUAUACUGGUGAUUCUGCAGGGAGCCAGACCCAACAUCAAGGAGUUUUGUCGCCUUUUGAGAACGGUGAAGGUAGAUGUGGAUUCUUCAGGCAAGAAAUGCAAAGAGAGGAUGAUGAAGGUUCUCACUGAAAGCCCGACCUCUUCCUCCGGUGGACAUGGUCUCCAGGGUUUUGUAGUGAUGACCUACGAGUCGAUCCCACAGCUGACUGCAGCCUUCCAGGAAAUCAACAUGACUGGUCUCUACCAGCAGAUACGGCCGUCACUAAGUGACUGACCGCACAUUUUGGCCAAGGCCAACUGUGGCUCUGUGGUAGAUCAGGGCCCUCCUCCAAUCAGAGGCUCUGCUAGUCCAUGUCUAUGUUACCUUGGGUGAGACACUUCACCCCAAAUUGCUCAUGAAUGGUUAUGAAUGAUUAGAUGGUCCUGAUCGGCAAGGGUGGCGCCUUAUAUGGUGAGUGUAUAAAUGCGUGUGAAUGGGGGAAUGACGACAUGUAAUGUAAAAGUGCGUUGAGUGGUCGGAAGACUAGAAAAGCACUUUACAAAUCCAAUCACCAUUUACUUGUAAAUAUGAGCAUUUUAAGAUGUUAAUUGAAAUUGGAUAACAAUAGCUUUAAAACCAGGUCAGUGGACGGCAGCAUAAAUAAUCUGCCAAGCAGCAAUACAUGGGGGUCAGGUUAAAUGUUGCAAAUAAUGAUCCACACUAACAUCUGAAAAUGAAUGUUCAAGUAAAAUCAAAUUCUCUGUA